AUGAAUACACGGACUGCAGCUACCACCGGCUGCACCAACAUCAACACCAACAGCUUCACCAACAGGACCACCAACACUACCAACAUCAGCACCAACAUCGGCACCAACAUCAUUACCAACUCAUAUACCAGCCCCACCAACUCCAGCCAACUCCUGCCAUUGAGUCACGUGACCCAGCUGUACCUAGCAGACGAGACGUACAUCAACCUGGUGGAAUACUUCUGCAUCUUCUACACCCUUCUGUGUGUUCUCGGCUGUUGCGGCAACAUCGUCUCCGUCAGGACGUUCCUGGCCAUCGGCCUUAAAGAGGGCGUCACCGUGUCCUUCCUGUUCCUCGCGACCUCUGACCUCGCCUACCUGGCCGUCAUGACCGCCCACGCCGUGUCCAUCGGCUGUUUCGUCAUCGAGAGGAAGAACCGCACGCGCUUGACGUUUCCGGUCGACCCGUUCGGGAUGUACGUCUUCUUCUCCAACAUCGGCAUCCUCAUCUACCUCAUGUCGGUGCUGACGACAACAUUCCUGGCCGUGGCCCGCUGUAUGUGUGUGGCCCGGCCACUGCAGUUUAAAAACACCUUCACCCGCGCCCGGUGCUUGGCCAUCCUGUCUGUGUUUGUCGUCGUAACCGUGGCGAGUUAUCUGCCCAUUCUGGUCUCCAUGGAGAUGAAGACGACCUUUGACCCCAGGGUCAACGUCACGCGGCCGGCGCUGUGGGUGUCCAGCAGACGCGGUGACGUCAUGCAUUACGUCUGGAUAGUUCGUGACGUGUCGGUCACGUGUCUGACGGAGCUGGUGGUGGUCGUCUGCCUGGUCGUCAUGACGCGAAGUCUGAGGGCGGCCUCCAGGUUCCGGCAAACCUCGGCCAGGUGCGGACAGUCAGGUCAGUCCGGACAGUCAGGUCAGUCAGGUCAGACAGACGCUCCUCCUGGCACCAAGUCACGUGACCGACAGACUGGACCAGAUCCCAGCAUCAACCAGCAACCGGAAACGACCGCUCCAAACAAACCCCGCCCACUGAAAGCCUCCACUUCCUGCCUUGAGUCCCGAGCCAAAGAUCACUCCGUGGCGCGACAGGUGGCGCUCAUCUCUGUGGUUUACAUCCUGUGUAACACGCCCAAGAUCUCCAUCGCCAUCACCGCCAUGUUGGUGCCAGAGUUCUCUUUGGGCGGAAAGUUCCGGAACUUGUAUAUGACCGUAGUUGGUGCCAUGGAACUUGUCCAGGCCGUCAACUCCAGCACCAACGUCCUCAUCUACUACAACUACAACUCCAGGUUCAGACGUUGUUGCCGGUGGUCGGACAAAUAG